AUGCGUGAAAACAUUCUAGAUGAUAAACAUAAUCCACAUGAAAGAUUGAAAGACAAUUCUACGGAAAAAAAAAAUUCUGAAUCAAUUACUUCGUCUGCAAAGUUAUUCAUAAAGAUCUCAUUCAGAUUUGACAAACAAAAACAGCAAAUUAUCGAUAGUGAUUGGGGAGGAUAUGCUUUGGAUUUAGAUUUAUGGGAGGACAGCAAAUCGCCUGUAGUACAAAUAAGGCCAAGUGAAGUAUUAUUGGACGAUAAGGAAAGUUUCGGCUUUUUGUCUGACAGAUUGAUAGGCAUCGGCUCAUCCUUUCUAACAAGAUCACCCGAAAACGGUCUCUAUAUUCUCAGUAAAUGUGUCCUGAAAAAUAGGGAUGUAUACACCUUACGCUACGUAGAUCUAAAGUUCAAUAGAAUCGCUGAUUUAAUGGAGAUAUUGAAUUUGAAGGGCUUCAUAUCUGAAAUCGACUUUAGAGGCAACAGUUGCACAAAGUGGCCCAAUUAUCGAAACGCAUUGAUAGCUUCUAUAUCAAGCGUUAAAUUUAUCGAUGGCGUUCAGGUCCUUCCGCAAGAAAAGGUGGCAUCAGCUAAGAUGUUUGCCUCGCCAUUGGACUUGAUAGCUGUCCGUAAAGCAGCAAAAUUAACUUUACUAGAACACAUAAAUAUCAACAAGAUAAAUCCUUACGUUCAACCGUAUGAUGAAAUCUGCCCUCCUUUGAUGAUACUCACAGGACCGUCAGCGUUGAAGAAGAUGACACUGGCUUUGCAUAUAGCUCAAACAAUUCCCGAUAAAGUAAAAUAUUGUUAUUGGUAUACUACAAAGGAAAGAGACAAAGAUAAAAAUAAAAAUAAAGCGUUCGUUUUUCUAAACAGGGAAGAGUUUAACAAUAUGGCACGGCGCGGCGAAUUUUUAGUAAUUGUGGACCUUUUGGGCGAUAGUUACGGAUUUCAUGUAAAUCAGAUUAGUCUAUUGAUAUCUGAACACAAAAUUGGACUUACUCACAUGAAUUUAUACUCUGCCGUUGAAAUUUCUAAACGAUAUCCGAAUGUGAAAACGAUCUUAGUAUUUACACGAAGUAGUGAUCUUCACAGAAAUUGGAUACAACAGAAAUAUGACAUUUACACGUGGAUUACAGACAGUGUGGAAAAUUUAUUGGCUGUUGAAAUAGGCAAGCAAGAAAAAGAAACAGAGACUGCUAGUCACAUAAUAAACUUUAUCAAAGAAAUUUUGAAUGAGAUAAUAAGCCAUCGAGUUUUUCCAAUUUACGAAAUCUCCAUGAAACCUGAAGAAAACGGGACAAUUACCGACAUAAAAUUACAAAAUAAAAUAUUACCGAAAUUAGUAUUUCGAAGAAGUGAAAUAAUAUCACAGAAAAAAGAGUACAUUACAUCGUUAGAAAUAAAAAAUGAUAUAAAAUCAUUUGAUCAAUUGUUAUCAGAAGAAAAAAAAGAACUGGCAGAAUUAAAAGUAUUGUUGGAUGAGGAAUCGAAUAUUAUUAUUGAAGAUAAAGAGAUGAGACAAGAAAAACAUAAAUUGAGGAUGUUACAGCGUCGAAAUAUAUUGAUAAGGGGCAUGCUUGACGAGUUCGAUACCGAUAAUUUUAGUGAAUCAAUAUCUUCCGAAGAAAUGGACACUGUAUAUCAAGAGACAAUAACGCACGAAGAAAAAGCAAAAGCAUUAAAAGAUAUAUAUAUUGAACUUAAUAUAAAAAAUAGGAAAUUGUACUUGGAUUAUCACGAAAGCCAUCCUGGCUUCUUUGUUUUAGUGCUGUUUAUGGAUGAUUAUACAAAAGCUUUUGACUCGUUAAUCAACUUCAUUCAUGAAUCAUAUACAAAUCUGCCUUACAAAAAAUCGAAAAUCUUAUCAGAAAUGCAGCAUUUUAACCAUAUGAAUAUUUCCAUCAUGCUUGAAAGUAUCAUUGAUAAGAUUAGAGAGAAUUUAUCAAUAUCUAAACUCCAACGCAAAAAAAUAUUAAAAUUGCAGAGAAUUGAUUGUUCUUCUCAAAAUAAUGAUCGCAAUAAGCUAUAA